UCCUACCUAUGGUGUCUCCCUACCCCGCCGGGUAACCUCGAGGGAGGCCGCCCGCUUGAGAGGAUGGCUGAGCGGCAGCCCCGGCUGGGCGGACGGCGAGGGAACUGAGCGAGCGGGGGCGGUCCCUUCCUGUCAAAACUUUUCUCGCGCCGGUCCCCUCGGAUUGCGCUGGGCUGCUGCUCCAGCGAGGCGCUGCACCUGCUGCGUAAGAAGGCGCCAAGCGCGCCCAGACUCCUCCGGACCGCGAGAAGAAGGGAGCGGCCAGGAGCGGGAAGAAGUGGCUGGGCUCGCCGGAGGCGAUGGAAGAGAAAGAGGGGAGCCCUGAAGCCAAAGCGGCUGCUGCUUCGCCUCGCAGGUUGCCGCUUCCCACCGAGGCCGCACCCAGAGGCCGCACCCAGAGCGACCUCUCCGCUUUCCGGACCUUUAGGAAAAGCCCCCUGCUCCGAGCGCCGCUCUCAGGGUCAGUUGAUGGGAUAGACAAGGCAUCAGUUGCCAACUCAGAUGGGACGAAUCCAGGAUCUCAGACUCCUCCAUUUAAGAGGAAGGGCAAACUUUCAACCAUUGGCAAAAUCUUCAAACCGUGGAAAUGGCGAAAGAAGAAAACAAGUGAAAAAUUUAUAGAAACCUCAGCAGUGCUGGAAAGAAAGAUAUCAACAAGGCAGAGCAGAGAGGAGCUAAUAAGAAGGGGUGUCCUAAAGGAAAUAAAUGAGCAAGAUGUAGAUGCCACAGUGAAUUAUGAAAUCUCUAAUGGUCACACGAUAGUAAUUACAGAAGAAGCCAUACCAGAAGAAAAUGUAAAAACUAUAGAAGACAACAGUUCAUUAUCAGCAAAGGCAGCUGUUUCUGAGGAGAAAAAUGAAGAUAAAAAAGAUAAACCUCUUCCUAAAGGUCUUGAAACAUCAGCAGUGUCUGUUUCUCCUCUUCCUCCUCCUCCUCUACCACCACCUCCUUUUAAACCUAAGCCUAAAGCUAAAAAAUCAGCCAUUCCUCCAAAAAACGCUACUGCUGCUACAGCUAGCCAUAAAACUAACGAAGUGCCACAUGCUAAAAAAAAGGGCAAGUCUCCUUCCAAGCAGACCUCUGCCUCCCCUGGCAAGCCAACAAGCCGCAGUGGGACUCGAGAAGCUGCUAAUUCCUCUAAUUUAAAGAAAGGACAUGCUUCCAAAUCAUCAUCUCCUUCUUCCACAUCAUCUCGCCCUAAACCUUCUAAAGAACCAACAACAAGCAAAACCAGCACAGGGACUCCCAGGGAUAAGAAGAAGCAUGGGAAACAGGUGACGACACGUGCAUCAUCUGAUGGGGACAUUACUUCUGCCUCCAGCACGGCAGUAGAAAACUCAAAGACCAAAGUGGAACUCUGUAAAUCAGAAGAGCCUCUCCAUAUUAUCCCUGAAUCUGGAGACACAACCCAGAACAGCACCCUGACUGUUCCUCCCCCUCCUCCUGCUGUUCCGGCUCCUCUUCCUCCAUCCAUCCCAAUUCUGUCUCCAGGCUGUGAGCCCACUGGCUUCUCGGGCACAGAACAUGUGCCAGUUAGUAUUGAAGUAGGUCCAUCUGUUCCUGGCACACAUUUAAAUGAUCUUCAUAUAAAAACUGAAGCAGACAGUGAAAGCUCUUCAAACAGUGCUGUCUUAGACUGUAGCCUGGAGAUUGGGGGAGAAGACACAGAAUGUUCUGCUAUCAAAGAAGAUCAGGAAAAAGAAAUCUCUAAGCAAACUAGUCUUCUUCAGACAGAUGAACUUUCUGAAACUUCUGAAGAAAAUCCCGAAAUUGGAAACAGCAAAAAUAAUCAUACCAGUGACUCAGAUUCAGAUGGGCCUAUACUUUAUACAGAUGAUGAAGAUGAUGAUGAAGCUGCAAGCAGUGAAAGCUCUUUAGCAAGUAAAAUACAUCGUAGAGAUACUCUUGCAAUCAAACUCGGCAACAGGCCAUCCAAAAAAGAACUGGAAGAUAAAAACAUCUUACCGAGAACAUCUGAAGAAGAGAGACAGGAAAUCAGACAUCAGAUCGGCACAAAACUAGUGAGAAGGCUUAGUCAAAGGCCCACCUCUGAAGAACUAGAACAAAGAAACAUCCUAAAACAAAAGAAUGAAGAAGAAGAACAAGAAGCUAAAAGAGAACUGAAGCGCAGUCUCAGCCGAAAGCUUAGUUUGAGACCAACAGUGGCUGAACUUCAGGCACGAAGAAUCUUACGAUUUAACGAAUAUGUGGAAGUAACAGAUUCACCAGAUUAUGAUCGACGUGCUGAUAAGCCCUGGGCAAGAUUAACACCUGCAGACAAGGCAGCAAUACGGAAAGAAUUAAAUGAAUUCAAAAGCACAGAAAUGGAAGUACAUGAAGAAAGUAGACAGUUUACAAGGUUUCAUCGUCCUUAAGUGUUGAAAAUACUCUGUUGUUGAGCACAAAUAUCUUUCCUGAGGAAAGUCCUCCAUCUUGAAGCCCAGAGUACAUCACAACUGAAAUGUCUGCAGCACCUUAAAACCUGAAGUUACUCUAUAUUGUGGAUCCUCAUAUUUUAACAAAAAGAGACCACUAGAAGAGAUACAGAAAAAAAUAUACAAAUGGCCAUGUAAUAUGAAUGUUUAUUAUUUUCUUUGAAUAAAAAAAAUCUUACCGUUUUUUCCUUACUAACAGUUGACUGGGGUGAACUGAAAAUGACUAUUGACAAGAAGGAAGCACAGUCCACUUUCAAAUAGGAUGGAAACAGAUAUAGCUGAACUAUUUGUGGGCCAACUGAUAGAAUAAAAAAAAUUUUCUUCAUGGAAGUAAGUUUAUACUAUAUUAAAAGGCAAGAUAAAAAAAACUAGGAAUGUGAAGAAUUCUCUUUCUGUCUUCCAGAAUGUUUUUUUUUUUUUUUGAGAAUUGCCAACUCUACUUCUCAUAAAUAGUACAGUAAUUUGAUGUAAUAUCAGUGAAUUUGGCAGUAAUUGGUACAAUUCACAGUUAUGUUUAUGAUUGUAUGAUUAUGAAUUCCAAAUGUCCACUGGGGGUUGCAAUUUUGAGUACAGCUAGAUUAUAUGAGUUGUACAAUAUUAAAACCGCUAAGUGUAUCUUUAUUAUUUAGGAUUGCAACACAAAUUAUUUUUUUUAAUCUGAUAAAUUUAAAAGAAGCACCAAGGAUUCUCUGUAGUCAUGAAUCAGUUGAAAAGUAUUUUUAGAAAAUGAAUAAUGUGAGACAAUUAGAAUACUGUGAAAAGAACUGAUAACCUUUAAUCUUGCUUAAUCAGACAAUAAUGAUAAUCAGAUUUUGAAGCCAAACUUAAAAGUCAACAAAGAUGAAAUACACAUGAACAUUUUCCCCCCUUUUUGAUAGUUUGAGCAAUAUUUAAUUGGUCAGUAAGAACAAUGUAAGAUCAAGAGGAUGAUUUAUAUUGAAAUCAGGAUUUAUUUCUAUCAGAAUAGGAAAAGUGAUGAUAGGAGUUUUUGGGGCGGGGAGGGCUGGCAAAUCGUAUAGAACAGGAGUGUCAAACUCACAACGUCACGUGACGUAUUGUGACAUAUUGCGACUUUUUUUCCAUUGCCGGCAAUGGGACGGGCGCAGUUUCAGCAUGACGCAUACAGCCCACAGGCUGGCAGUUUGACACCCCUGAUAUAGAAUAAAUUGGCAUUACAUUGCCAUGUUUGGGACUGUAGUAAAUCUUCCUUGUAACAAACUAAUGGGAUAGAAGUGGAUGUCCUUUACACUGAAAUGGCUGUUCAAAGGCAAAUGGAUGUCUAUGCACAAGUAAAAAUGUCAAUAUACAUAUGUACAAUGGCAAGUGGAUUUUUGUUGCAUCUGAACCAAAUCCAAUUAGUUUGAAGUUUUACUGCAUUUGCAAAUAAAACUCUUACGGACACAAGUCUCCCCUGCUUGAGCAUACCACCUGCACAUGGAUGGAUUCCUACCACAACAGUGCUUUGUUUCUCUUUCCUUUGCCUCUUUGCCAUCACACCAGUCAGCCUGAGGAAUGGGAGUCUUGCCCACAUUUUUGUUCAAUCUAUCCUUCCACUGUGAGAAGAGGGAUAACAGGGAUAUCCAAAAGAAAUAGUUUUUCUGUUCUCCAAAGCACCUAUUGCACUGAACAUCUCCAUGCUAAGGAAGUAAAGGGACAAAGCAGAGCACUAUUAUAUGAUAGAAAGAUCCCUGAUCACAGAAUCCCUUUCCCCCCCUCCCCCGCAACUGUUAUUAACUGAGAAUUUGAAAUAUUUUUUGAUAUUGACUAAAAGUAUUCAGUGCUGUAGUUUAGCAGCAUUUGGAAUGAUUUAGGUUUUGUCCUUUGCCUUAGCAAGUUGAUGACCCACUUUAAUAGGAAAAGGACUUGCUUUUCUAGACAUACAUUAAAUCCUCAUUUAGGACCAUGAGAAAACUACAAAAGGGGCUUUAAACUUACAGCUUUUGUUGUGUGUGGUUAUGUGGAGCAAAUGGUCUACUUUUAUAUUAUCUUGUAACUGUAUUUGUGAAUAUCCAAUUAGUAUAACAGUAAAAGGUGGUGUGCUUUAAUUAUGUUGGUCCAAAAUAUGGUGGCUUAUUAUAAGCCCAUGACAUUGUUUACACUAAAAAUUGUCUUAUAUUAGCACUUAUUUAUCCUUUUAACGUACACAGUAAAGCUUAAGGACCUGAAAUACACAAGGGCAUGUACUGCAGUAUUACAAUAUAUGUAUUAUUUAUCCUUUUUGAAGUCUGUACAUACUACCAUUUAUUUUUGUCCAUGUGUUCUCUUUAGUUCCUAAUGAUAAAAAAUAUGUAUUUUUUUCAGCAAUAAAUGAUCUCUGUCAUGAUUUUUUAACGUCA